AUGCCUAUUGGUGACGCCGGUGAAGUUCAAGCUGUAGGCUUGGACCCCUCUCUCAUUGACGCCUCGGGAGACCCAACGCGCAAGCACCCCGAGCUUCACACAACUACUGCACCUGCCUACCUCCAUUCUGAGGGCAAGGCGACACUCCAAGACAGCUACCUCGACGAGGCCGAUGACUUCCCCACCACAGAGGAGCUCGCGACUCUUCGCCGUGUUCCUGCCAGGAUCCCGUGGAAGAUCUUCACUAUUGCCUUUGUUGAAUUGGUCGAGCGCAUGAGUUACUACGGAACUAUUGCUGUGUACUCCAACUUUAUUGCCAAGCCAUUAGUGACGCCUACUGGAGCUGCUCUUAACCCAGACGAUGCUGAGGCUCAACCUGGUGCCUUGAACAUGGGCAAACAGGUGGCUUUCAGCUUGACCACCUUCAACGCCUUCUGGGUCUACGUCUGCCCUCUCCUCGGAGCUUGGAUCGCCGACACGUACCUUGGUCGUUACAAGACCAUUCUCUACUCCGUCCUCGUUGCCGAGAUUGGUCACUUGAUCCUUGUCGCCUCCGCUGCCCCCUCUGUUCUCAAGAACUCGAACACUUCCCUCGGUGUUUUCAUUCUCGGUCUCAUCAUCAUGGGUCUCGGAACUGGAACAUUCAAGCCCAACAUCGCCCCUUUGAUUGCCGAGCAAGUUCCUCAGGAGAAGAUGCGUGUUGAGACCCGCGGUACAGAGCGUGUCAUUGUUGAUCCUGCUGUCACUGUCACACGUAUUUACAACUGGUUCUACUUCUUCAUCAAUAUUGGUGCCCUGGUUGGUCAAAUCAGCAUGGUGUACGCGGAAAGAUACGUUGGCUUCUGGCUGGCAUACCUGAUCCCCACCAUCAUGUUCAUUAUCGCUCUCCCAGUUCUCAUCUUCUGCAAGAAGUUCUAUAUUCUCCGUCCCCCAAGCGGCAACGUCAUGGGACCAGCUUUCAAGCUCCUCUUCAAGGCUCUCGGCAACGGAAUGAGCGUCAACCCAGUCACCACCUACAAGAACUGGAACUCAGGCACUAUGUGGAACGCCGUCAAGCCCUCCACUCUUGGCGCCAACAAGCCAUCCUGGUACAACUUUGACGAUGCCUGGGUUGAUGAGGUUGCUCGUGGUUUUGCUGCCUGCUCCGUCUUCUUCUGGGUCCCCAUCUUUUGGCUAGCUUACCGCCAGAUGGACUCCAACUUGACUCAAAUGUGCGGUACCAUGCAUCUAGGCGGUGUUCCCAACGACAUUCUCUCCAACUUGGACCCUAUUGCCAUUAUCAUCAUUGUGCCCAUUAUGGAUAGCCUUAUUUACCCAUUCCUCCGCAAGCGAGGCAUCCGUUUCACUCCCAUCAAGAAGAUUACCGCUGGUUUCAUCCUCGGAGCUUUUGCCAUGGUCUGGGCUGCCGUUCUCCAGCACUACAUCUACAAGACCUCCGGUUACUACGAGACCCACGACCCCAAAUACAAGUCCGGCAUCACUGUCUGGGCCGUCACCGGUGUCUACGUUCUCAUUGCCAUCUCUGAGAUUUUCGCAUCCGUGACAACUCUCGAGUACGCCUUCACCAAGGCACCAAAGAACAUGAGGUCGCUCGUCCAGUCCGUCCAGCUCUUCACCACCGCCUUCUCAGCUGCCAUUGCCCAGGCCUUUACUCCCCUCACCGCCGAUCCCCACAUUACCUGGAACUACGGCAGUGUGGCCAUCAUCUCCUUCGUCACCGGUAUCGCCUUCUUCUUUGCCUACCGCACUAUGGACAAGCAGGAAGACCAGCUCAACCUGCUGCCCACCGGUCACCUUGGCACGGAGGGUCAGGCCGCUGACAUCGAGGCACGCCAGAGCGUCAACGAGGAGAGGCGCGCGAGCCUUGCCGCAAACCACGCUUCUGAGAAGAUCUAA